UUCUAACAGAGCUAACCUGGCAACCCUAGCUGCCGGUUGUUGGAGUAGUGAGGAAGAUGGUGGACUUUGCGACAACAGCGUGCUCAGAACUCCGUCCCAAACAAUUUAGAAAAUGCUUAAUAUCUCAACCUGGUAUUAGAUAUAGAUUACCGGGGUACAAUCAUAGAUAAUACAUUGUGAAAACCGUUGAAUAAAGUGACAUUUCGCCACCGGACAACUCUUUAUUCCGAGAUUAAAGAAAGCGCGGAGUUGCUGACCCACCAGGUGGUUGCUGCUCGUGAAGGACGCUAACCAACGUUAGCCAAAGUGUCAACAAAAGUGUGAGCGAAGGUGUAAAUUUGGAAGCUGCUUUUUACCCGGCUGGCAAGAUAAACUACGGAGACCAUUCAGCCCUUUGCUGCUGCCGCCAAGACACCAACUGUCAAUUCUGCGAGGAGCUGACUUAACACGUUACCUGACGGUUGGGCUGAAAGUAGGCUAACUUUAGCUAGCUAACCUCAGCUAGCUUGGUUGGGAACUGUGGAUCAAAGCGCUUCUCAAAAUGCCACGGAGUAAAAAGGGGAAACGUGGCUCAGGCAAGCCGGGCUCUCUACGUCAGGAGGUUCUUCAGCUGCAGCUGUCGGCUAAAGCUUCACUGAAAGGUUUUAAAAAUGGGGUGAAAGGAGAGUCAGGGGCCAGUGAUGAUGAGCUGACGUCUGAUAUUCUCAGCCACUGCAGCAGUGCCAGUGAAAGUACCUCUGUGCUGGAAGAGGGCACAGGAGGAGAGCAGGUGGAUGAGCAGACUGCCCAGGAGGAAACGGAAGAUAAACUCAAGCAGUGUAUAGACAACCUGAUGGAUAAGAGCACUAAGACGCGUCUAGCAGGUCUUGAGUCAUUGCGACAGGCCUUCUGCUCCAGAGUGUUCUGCGACUUCUUGACAGAGAGACGCCUCACAAUCAGCGACUGCCUGGAAAGAAGCCUUAAAAAAGGCGGUGUGGAGGAGCAGGCAGCAGCGGCCACAGUCUUCACCCUGCUCUGUAUCCAGCUGGGGGGUGGAGACGAGGCAGAGGAGGGCUUCAAGUUGCUUCGCCCCAUCUUCACCGCCAUUCUGACUGACAACAGUGCCAGCAUAGCAGCCCGCCAGAGUUGUGCCAGAGCUUUGGGGCUGUGCUGUUAUGUCUCAACCGCUGAAGAAGGAGAGGACUUAAUCAAGUCGUUAGCGCUUCUGGAGAGCGUGUUCAUGUCUUCCUACCCCAACAGAGACGGAACGCUGCCCACACCCAAACCUGGCAGUCCAGGCCUCCACAGCGCCGCCCUGCAGGCCUGGUCACUGCUGGUCACCCUGUGUCCUACAUCUAGACUGACUGUGCUUCUUGACCUUCACCUCCCUAAACUGCAGGCGUGUCUGCAGAGCAGUGACGUCAACUACAGGAUAGCAGUGGGAGAGACCAUCGCCCUGCUGGUGGAGCUUGGACGAGAUAUAGACGAGGAGUUUGAGGUGGAGGACAAUGAAGGUCUGUCUCAAUGUCUAAAGAGUUUAGCCACAGAUAGCAACAAGCACCGAGCCAAGAACGACCGGCGGAAACAGCGCUCAAUUUUCAGAGAGGUGUUACAUUACAUAGAGAGCGAGGACUUCACCGAGGAGAAGAUCCAGUUUGGAGUGGAGAGCGUCUACAUCGACGGCUGGAUGAGGAGAAGAAUCUACGAUGCCUUCAAAGAGAUCCUGGAGUCUGGAGUCAGACACCAUCUACAGUUCAACCCACUACUGAGAGACAUCUUUGGCCUCGGCCCUCCACUCAUCCUGGACGCUACUGUCAAAAGCAACAAGAUCUCUCGAUUUGAGAAGCAUCUUUUCAACUCGGCUGCCUUUAAGGCCAGGACUAAACAGAGGAACAAAGUCCGGGACAAACGGGCUGAUGUCAUGUGAGAGAUUGACGGGGAUUGAGUGAAUGGAUGAGAUGGAUACAAAAUGAUGCCUUCAACGUUUUAGCUGCCAGAUGCACAAAGACUCAACAAACUCUAAACAGGGCUUUUUUUCUUUUUGUGCUCUUUACCUGAAAAACAAAUACUUCAGAUUCAAGAUGCCCAACAAUUAAAAAAUUUGGCCCCCACAGGAAAAGUUAAUUUACUGUUCCUCCUCGCAGGCAUUUGCUUUUCACAGUGAAUUGCAACAACAAUUGCUCAUAGUAUUACAAAUGCCUGUUUUGAGGCUUCAUAGUGGAUAUGUACUGUAAUACAAUGCUAAACAUUUUUUAAAUUAAUUUUAUCAAAAGAAAUACAGAGAAAGUAUAGUAUGAAGUGUCAUUGUAAGACUCAAACAUUUUGAAGCUUUAUGGUACAUUUGAGGUCUGUGGGAGCCGUCCAUGUUACAGUCACUGAAACCCUCUUUGGUGCUGAUGGGUAUUGUUUCUGAUACUCAGCUUGAACUGCUGCCUGGUGGCUGAACAGAUCAGUCAAGUCUUUUUUUUAAUCCUAAUUAUUGACUUGAGUUUCCAUAUAAUGCUGCUUUUCCUGGACAUAAUCAGUCCUUGUUAGUCUCUGAAGUUUAAUGUUAGAUCAACUUCUGUAACACAAAGCCAAAAAGAGCCGUUUCAAUAUUCUGGAAAAACACUUGAGGUCCACUCUGAGCUGAAUAUUGCUCGUUAUUCCCUCAGUCGUCGCCUGUUUUUCCACCCAGAGUGGCUACUCUAACUGCCAAACCAGAAACUGACUUUACAAACAAUGCAACCUAAAAGAAAAUGUGUGGUGUUUUUUGUGAGUGUUUUUACUUAAUUUUUUUUUUUUUAACAUCAUGAAAUAAAACACAAACAAGAAGAUGCCUAAUAUAAAAAAAAAAAAUCUAAUUAAAGUCAUCUUUGUAUUACUUUUUUUUUUUUUUUUUAAAGAAAAAUGUUUUAAACAUUUCUGGUGGGUAAUGAUAUUUUACCUUCUAAUUUAUUAAAAGAUCAGUACUGUGUGCUUUUUAGGAAACUUAAAAAUGCUAAGAACUGUUUACAUACACACUGAUGGGAUACCGAUAAGAUGAAUUUCUAUUUUUUUUUUUUCAUGUAUAUUUUUAAAUUUGGGUUGGUGGGACAUACAAUCUAUUCAUGUGCAUGUACUCCAGAUAGACUGUACAAAGGGAUUUAUGGUAAGCUGUGUAUUUGAAUCAUGAGAUGCAUUUAAAUAAUGUUCCCUCUGAUGAGCAGUGAAGAUCUACAGGCCAUUAACCAGAGCUGCUUAUCAGAAGUUUGCUGGUGUUUGUAAUGGUCAGAUGUUAUUGAUUAUAUAAAAAUUAAAAAGCACACUUCACAGUUGCUGGGAAUUUCAUCAACUUGGUGAAAACUUGUCAUCAAGUUUCACAGUCUAUUGUUGAACCAGGUUUGAUGCCCUGCAGGAAGUAGAGCAACUGGCCUCUCUUAUCACAGCUUUGCUAUACACACGGACAGAAGAUGGAUCAAAUGAAAUAAAGACUAUUUAAGUGUGA